AUGCAAAUACACACCGCAGCAGCAGUCACAGGCACGUGGUCAGAACCCAGCCCAGCCCAGCCCCACCCUACUGGACUAGGUCUACCCAAAAUAAAACAAACAAAAUACGAAAAGAGGGAGAGGAAUAUAUAUGGGGGGGGUGGAUUCAGCAUCCUUUGGCCUAAAACGAAUGGCCUUUACAUUUUAAAUGAAUGUUCUAGAAGGGAAACACUCUGAAUCAGACACACAUGCACUCACUCAUGAACGCGCAUACUCAAACACACACCAAAAUCCACCGCUUUGUUUUUCCCAGCUUUAUGGUGGUGGGAGCCUACCAUUAGGAAUUUGGAGCGGUGAGAGGAGGGGCGUUUGUGUGUGUGUGAAGGAGCAGUCGGUCUCCUCCCCUCGUCUCCCCCCGCCCUCUCGCGCCCCCCAUGCCUUUGUGUGCGCGAGGCUCUCUCUCUGUGAGCGGCGGUUCUUCAAGUGAGAGAUCGGUUCGUUUCUGAGCGCUGUUUGAGUGUGUGUGGGCUGUUCAAACACAACGCGUGGCUGACUGGGACCGGGGUGAACCGGUAGAAGGCACGUGAAACCUCGGAGUUUAUUUUCAUUCACACACGCGCGAUCAGAAGGGAAAAUAACGGAGAAAUAUAGAAUAUCGGACUUUUCCCUUUCCUCUUAUCCAUCUAUCAUUCUCCAUUUAUCAUUCUCUUGUUCUCUCUAUCCGUGGAGAAGCUGACCAACCUAAACAACCUGAUGUGUGUGUAUGUGUGUUUUGGGGGCGUAAAACAACGGGCAGCGCGUGAAGAUGGAUUAACGGUUGAACGGAAAACUGGAGCAGCACGCGAGACCACGGCGAGGGGGGAGGGCAAGACGGGACUCUGCUAACACACACAACUCGCGGGAUAGAGGUAAUUUAGUACUCUGUGUGUGUGUGUCUGGAGGAGAGGCAAGGCGGGGUGAGUCUGACACUAGUGUUUGAGAGAAUCAAUGGUUAUAUAUCAGGACAGUUUUUUUUCUCUCUCUCUCUCUCUCUCUCAAUUUCAAUUUAAGGGCAUUAUUGGCAUGGGAAACGUAUGUUAACAUUGCCGAAGCAAGUGAAGUAGAUAGUAAACAAAAGUGAAAUAAACAAUAAAAAUGAACAGUAAACAUUACACUCAGAAGUUCCAAAAGAAUAAACACAUUUCAAAUGUCAUAUUAUGUAUAUAUACAGUGUUGUAACGAUGUGCAAAUAGUUAAAGUACAAAUGGGAAAAUAAAUAAACAUAAUAUGGGUUGUAUUUACAUGGUGUUUGUUCUUCACUGGUUUGCCCUUCCUCUCUCCUCUCUCCUCUCUCUCUCUCUCUCUCUCUCUCUCUCUCUCGUCUCUCUCUCUCCUCUCCUCCCCCCUCUCCCCUCCCUCCCUCCCUCCCUCCCUCCCUCCCUCCCUCCCCCUCUCCCUCUCCCUCCCUCUCUGAGUUCAGGCCUAUGCAGUGGACAGCGCCAUAGUUACAGUAGAAUAACACAGGGCAGAAGGAGGGAGGUGUGUGUGCCUCAGCAUCCUCCUUCUUUCUCUGAGUUACUGUAACUAUGGCACUCUCCUGUGUCCACUCCAUUGUCCUGCAUUUAGAGAGCAAGUUAGAGAGACAAAACAAAGAGAGAGAGAGACGUGGGAAACAGAGAUAGCACACCAUUGAGGCUUGUGUGUGUGUGUUUUCUGAUUUUCCAUUCAUUUGGGGUUGAGGGAUCUACACAACAGACGUGCAUUCAGCUAUUUGCUAUUAGCUUACGUUCACUGCAAAGGACCAGUCAGAGACCAAGCAGACCUUUGCCCAUGUGGAAGUAGUAGCAGAAUAUGACAUAACAAGCUGAUACGCCUCUGGUAUGUAUGCCACCUGGAAUGCCACCAGUGUGAUGACUAACCCCUCCCCUUCUGUCUGUUCCUAGACUCUGAUUGGACCAACACCAGGAUGAUGUCGUCACCCAAAGCCAAGGCCAAGAAGAAACCUCCCAAAGACAGCAUGACGCUUCUACCAUGCUUCUACUUCAUAGAGGUGUGUGUACGUGCAUACGUGUAUCCAAUAUAACUGCAUUUACUGUAUACCACUCACUAUGGCUGUUAGUAAGAAAAUAUCUCCCUCUUACCUCUCUCUCUCUCGCUCUCUCUCUCGCUCUCGCUCUCUCUAGCUCCCGAUCGUCCUCUCCUCUCUCGUCUCUCUCUACUUCAUGGAGUUGACAGACCUGUUGUCCCCGGCGACCCCUGGGUUCCGUUGCUAUGACCGCGACCUGUCGUUGCCCUACCUGGAGACAGGAGAUGAACUGAUCCCUCUGCUGAUGUUACUGAGCCUGGCCUUCGCAGGACCGGCUGCCUCAGUUAGUACACACACACACACACACACACACACACACACACACACACACACACACACACACACACACACACACACACACACACACACACACACACACACACCGUCAGAACCUAUAAUCAACAGACUCUGAUCAAUGAACAGCCAAUCAGCAUCAGGGUGCACAACUAAUUGUGUGUGUGUAUGUGAAUAGAUCAUGCUGGGUGAAGGGUUGAUGUAUUGUUACCAGUCCAGAGUCAAACAUAGUAAAGCUGAAGGAUCCAUCAUCGCUGGAGGGUGUAACUUCAACUCCUUCCUACGGAGGACUGUUCGCUUUGUUGGUAUGUACCUUUUAUUUUCGUUUGAAAUCCUCAAGAGGGAGUGAACAGGUGCACACUUCAGGGAGUAAUGCUAGUCUAGGGAGAGAAUCUUCUUCAGGCCUUUUCCAGUUAAAGCAAGAAGUUGAGAACAGGGGAGAGAGAGAUGUAGAGGGAAUGAGGACAGACAAGACGUCUUCAGAUAUUUCAGAUAACUUCUUACCUGGUGCAUGCUCCUCCCUCGCUCUCUCUCCUCCUCCAUCCCUUCUCCCCCUAUCUCCCCCUCUCUCUUACUCUCCUCCUCCAUCCCUCCUUCUUCUCCCCCAGGUGUUCAUGUGUUUGGUCUCCUGGCAACAGCCCUGGUGACGGACAUCAUCCAAUUGGCUACUGGUUAUCCCACCCCUUUCUUCCUGACUGUCUGUCAGCCCAAUUACACGCUGCCUGGGAUAUCAUGUGACCAGAACAACUACAUCACACAGGACAUCUGCUCUGGGAAAGACCUGUAUGCCAUCCUGUCAGCCAGGUAACACACACACACACACACACACACACACACACACACACACACACACACACACACACACACACACCACACACACACACACACAUUUAGUAUUCUCCAGCUUCUAUAUAACCACCCACCUCUCUUUCUCUCUCUCUGCAUCAUGUCUCCCUCUCUCUCUCCCUGAUUCUUACUCUCUCUCCCUCUCCUUCUCUUCAGGAAAACAUUUCCGUCCCAGCAUGCAACGCUCUCUGGCUUUGCCGCUAUCUACAUCUCUGUAAGCACUGACAGCUACUAACUUGUCUGUCUGCCUGCCUGUCAGACUUUAUGAAGAUGCAUUUUAAGUAAAAAUCAGCAACAUUGCCAUCAGCAAUAGUUCUAACUUUGUGUGUGUGUGUGUGCGUGCGUACUUCCGUGUGUGUGUGUGUGUGUAGAUGUAUUUGAACAGUGUGAUCAGCAGUAGUACCAAGCUGGUGAAGCCAGUGCUGGUGUUUGGCUACUGUCUGGCUGCAGGCAUAGCUGGACUGACUCAGAUCACACAACACCGCUGCCAUCCCAGAGACGUCUAUGUGGGCUACGCUAUAGGAGCUGGCAUAGGAGUCUACCUGGUGAGUGUGUGUGCGUGUGUGUGUGUGGGUUGUGUUUGUGUGUGUGCGCGACUUUGUGUGUGUGUCUGGGGGGGUAGACUGAGACAGACAGAAAGAGAGAGAGAGAGAGACAGAGAGAGAGAGAGAGAGAGAGAGAUGGGAAUUAAUAAUCUUUUAAGACUUCUCAGGGGGAGAAUUUCACAGUUCUUUUUUAGAAAACCUGUCUCAACUAAUUUCACGCUUCUAUCCCUCUCUCUCUAUCUCCCCCUCUCUCCUCCCCCUCCCUCUAGUCUCUGUAUGCAGUAUGUAACUUCAGGUCAUCCGAGGAGGACUGCCCCCCCCAGCCUGUCCGGAGGGCUGCCUCUCCCCCCCAGCAGCAGAGGGAGGUGGUGGUGAGGGGACUAGCCCAGAGAGGACAUGGCUCUCAGCACGGCUCUCUGUACCGCAGCAAGACACCCAGACCAUCAGACAGCAGGGAGGAACUGGGGCCUGGACGCUGCAAGGUAAGAGAUGAAGAGAGAGAGGUUGCGUAUUAGUAGUUAGAAUUAGUAGUUAGUCAUGCUAUGUUGUUCUGUAGGUACGUAGGGAGAAGGCCAGCGUAGCGUCUCUGAAGAGGGCCAGUGCUGACGUGGAGCUCCUGGCGCCCCGCGGCACCAUGGGAAAGGAAACCAUGGUAACAUUCAGCAAUACCUUACCCCGCGUCGCCAACGGCAGCAGCAGCACCUCGCCCCCCGGAGACGACCCCUCCAACCAGCGUCACAUGACCUUCCACUUGUCCUUCGACCCCCGCAGGUCACAACCAAGGUACGUUUGUGACUAGUGUGUGUGUGUUGUGUGUGUGUGUGUCAUACAACCCAGGUAUUAAUCAUCAAGUCAAAUUGAUCAUGUGUGAUCUGUCAGGUUGCGACCUCCGCUGGUGCAGGAGUGGAGACAGCAACACUCUAUGGAGAGACGGAGCGAGGAGGAGGGGGGGGUGGAGAGAUCUGGCGGAGGAGCGGGAGGAGAAGGAGGAGGGGGUGAGGCAGGGGAGACAGGGGUGAUGAAUCCUCCCUCCCUCUAUCCGACGGUACAGUCGGCCAAUAGAGCCGUUGCCACGGCUACCCCAGCGCCAGCCCCACUGGUACAUAUCCCUAAGGAGGGGAUUAGACACCCUCCUUCUGUCUCCCCUCUACCUCCUUCUGUCUCCCCUCUACCUCCCCCCGUCUCCCCUAAGAGCGCGGUGACGCGUGCCAAGUUGAUGUCACUUAACCAGGGAGGGGAACGAGCCAGGGAGGGGCCUAUCCCUGUGACGACUCCGCGUGUGCCCACCCAGCUGCCCACCCAGCCGCCCAAUCAGCCGCGAGUGGCGCAGGUGAGCUAAAUAUCAAAUCUGAGUUAGCUAAAAUGAACUGUUGAUUUACAUUCUAACUAACUGAAGUAACUAGCUAACUGUCUCCUCUGUUCAUCCAAUAGGUCAUUGCCAUGUCCAAGCCGCAUGGACCAAUCAGCUCCUCUGCCAAGGGCUCUGAUUCCGCCUCUUCCUGUGGGGGAGGGUCUUCAACAGGAAGCUCUGAGUCUCCGUACUACCGGAUCCCCUCCGACCGCGACAGCCACACCGGGAGUGUUACCGGAAGCGUUACCGGGAGUAUUGUCACCAUAGACGCUCACGCCCCUCAUCACCCUGUGGUCAGGGUGUCUAGCAGUGCUGGUACCGGGAGUAAUGGGACCCCAGGGCCCAGAGUAGCAGCUGCCGGGAACGGGACCCUCUGGGAGUGGAGGAACACCACCAGCGGGAGCCUGGCGAGCGUCGGUGAGCAGGGCAAGAGGGGGGCACUGCAGCGCCAGGAGAAAGUCACUGCACCGGAAUAUCAGGAAUACCGCACACUUCCCGUGAAAUCAGACUCUAUCUGCUCCUCCUCUCCCAGUGAGACGGAUUCCACCACCCUGCCUCCCCCUCCUCACCCUAUCUCCUCCCCACUUCCUCUCUUCUCCUCCUCCCCCCUGCCUCCCCCUCCUCACCCCAUCUCCUCUCCACUUCCUCCCUUCUCUGCCUCCCCCCUGCCUCCCCCUCCUCAACCCAUCUCCUCCCCCCUCCCUCCCCCUUCUCCCCCCUCCUACUCCCCCCUCCCUCCCCCUCCCUCCCCCUUCUACUCCCCCCUCCCUCCCCCUCCUGAUCCAGAUCUGCUGUUGAACAGUCACUGUCAACCCCUCCCCCGCUCUAUGACCCUUCCCCGCCGGCCCACUGUCUCAGCCCACAGCCGCGCUGAUCAAGAAGUCUAUUACAAGACCAUGCAGACGGAGAGGAGAUUAUAACGCGACAUAGAGGAGUUAUAAUAGACAGUAACACUACUAAAAACUCUGCAGACUACCAGGUUAGAAGACAUAGGGGACUUUGCAGAGCGAGAGGUUAUAAGACGACAUAGGGCAGUUAUGAUAGACAGUAGUACCACUACAUGACCAUACAGUCAGGGGAAGUUAUUAAAUGUGACACAGUUUGGGGAGACCUAAUUGUCAGGGGAAGUUAUUAAAUGUGACACAGUUUGGGGAGACCUAACAGUCAAGAGAACUACUACAUGACUUAAAUGAGUGAGAGGAGGUUAUGAGAUGACUUAGGAGUUGAAAUAUAAUAUAAUGGAGGUUAUAACUUGGCAUAGAGGAGUGACAUUAACCAAGAACACUACUUCAACACUGAGAAAGGGUCCAGAUGGAAACAGAUAGACAAAUAGCUGUUCUACAAGACCCUGCUGUGUAAAGAAGGCCGUGAGAUGACUUAAAGGAGUUAAGAUGCGACAUAACAGCGAAACUACAAGACACUGCAGAGGAAGACUUGGAGGACUGUUAAGGAAACUGCUAAGUCAAGGUCUAACAGUGUCUGACCGAAGGACUUCAGGAGCAUCUAAAGACAACAAAGACAACAGAAACAAUAGUUGGUUUACUAUCGACUAUUAUCGGACUAUAAUGCAACUAUACUGACUAUACUCACCAGCUGUACUAUACUAUACUGUAUAUAGGAUCUCUCUCAGGCUUCCAUUCCACUGACUUACUGUAAAGAGGAGGGGGAGAGGAGGGGAGAAAAGGAGGAAGGAAAGUGAACAUCUUGGAGAGGAUUACUACAGUAAACAAAGAGGGGGAGACAGACUGGAGGGGAUGAUUGGCUUAACAAUGUGAACAGAUCCACACACUCACACACACACGUUUUGCCCGCGCUACAGACGGCUAAUACAGGACUAGUAAUGGCCUAGUGCACUUCUUCUGUGAAAAUAUUUUUUUUGAUUGUAUUAAUAUACCAUAGACGCUCACGCCCCUCAUCACCCUGUGGUCAGGGUGUCUAGCAGUGCUGGUACCGGGAGUAAUGGGACCCCAGGGCCCAGAGUAGCAGCUGCCGGGAACGGGACCCUCUGGGAGUGGAGGAACACCACCAGCGGGAGCCUGGCGAGCGUCGGUGAGCAGGGCAAGAGGGGGGCGCUGCAGCGCCAGGAGAAAGUCACUGCACCGGAAUAUCAGGAAUACCGCACACUUCCCGUGAAAUCAGACUCUAUCUGCUCCUCCUCUCCCAGCGAGACGGAUUCCACCACCCUGCCUCCCCCUCCUCACCCCAUCUCCUCUCCACUUCCUCCCUUCUCCGCCUCCCCCCUGCCUCCCCCUCCUCAACCCAUCUCCUCCCCCCUCCCUCCCCCUUCUCCCCCCCUCCUACUCCCCCUCCCUCCCCCUUCUACUCCCUCCCCCUCCUGA